UACAAUCUUGAAUCCGUAAAAAUGAUGAUUCCCAUUGGAACAAAGUUGACUGUAAAAUCGAUGCAAACAAUACAAAAAAGAUUCCCUAAUGCUUUAAUUAGUAAGCGAAUGGGUAAGUGAGAAAAAAAUCAUAUCAAAUAUUUGACAAAUGAAUGCAAUUUUUAAUAUAUCUAUGAAGGUUUGACUGAAACUAGUGAGCUGACUAGAUAUACCAAAGACUGUUGCAAUCUUCUAUCUGAAGGAAUGGUAGCACCGAACACACAACUCUCAAUUAUAGAUGUGAAAACUAAUGAAAAAUUGGGUUUUAAUAAAGUCGGAGAAUUAUGCGUAAAAACGUCAGCAGUAAAUUAUGGUUAUUUCAAAAAUCCUGUAGAAACAAUGAAAGUUUUUGAUGAUGAAGGUUGGUUUCAUUCUGGCGACGAAGCGUAUUACGACGAAAAUGGAGAAAUCGUAAUUGUUGGACGAAUGAAAGAUAUUAUAAGAUAUCGCGAUAUAGAUAUCCACCCUGUGCAUGUUGAAGAUCUCCUACUAGCUCUUCCUGACGUUGCUGAAGCUGCGGUCAUUGGCGUUCCUCAUGAAAUUUUUAUAGAACGACCUGUAGCCUUCGUUAAAAUAACUCCAGGAUCCACGGUUACUAAAGAAGCAAUUUCGAAAGUAGCUGUCGAGUUGGAGUACAGCGAUAUAUUAGAGGAUUCUAUUGAGUUCAUUGAUCAGAUGCCUCGGAAUACCAAUGGAAAGAUUGAUAAAAAAGUUUUGAAAGUUCUCGCGAAAAAGUAUUAUGAAUCAUCUUUAUAAUUAAUAUUUAGAAAUUUGUUAUGUUAUGCUCCUUACUGAACGUGUCUAAUGAGUUUCAUAUCAAGAUUUACCGAUUUACCAUUAAGAUCGUGUUUUAUUUUCAAGAUAGAAUAUAGAAUUUGUUUUUAAAAUCGACAGGUUUGCGAUAGAGUAUCUUGUAAUAAUAUCUUAAGUUCAUUAAUGAUUUCAAACAAUUCUCAAUAAAAUUCACGAACAAAAUAACAAAUAAAUGAUUGACCUCGCAUAGAAAACAAAGUAGCAGAUGUAAGCCAUCCAAAGUUUCUUUUGUCGUAGAAAGCGACCAACUAUAGGACAAAUGAAAUACUCGACAAGGCAUUAUACUAUCGUGGGGAUAUAUAUACAGCGAGUAGCGCGACUGAAAAUUUUGACACGAAACUUUCCAGUUGACUUCAGUGAUAAAUUAAGCAACAAAAUUCUGAAACCACGCGUGGAAAUAAUGCAAAGCGCAUUACGCCCGCACACAAAAAAAGUAGGCAAAGAAAGUUGGCAAACUGCUUACGUCUGGGGAUACUGAAUAAUGCAACCUGCACGCGUAUAUAAGUUAAAUAUGCAUGUACACAUGCAAAGAUCUCAGAAUAUUUUUUUAGGUCGCAAAAGUAUCCUUCGACUUUCGGCGAUCGAUGAUUACGCCGCGUGCGCGAGAGGGCAAUAGGGAGAGGGAGUGAGCGCGCGCGCGAGAGAGAGAAAGAGAUUCUCGAUUCGAUCUCUCGAGAACGUUCCAAUUUUCUUACGUUGUUCGCUACAAAUGUCCCCCUUUAACGAACUUCAUUUUUGUACUAUGCAAGGAGAACCACAAUUUCUCGCGCAGGCCAAUUUGCGGAUGUACAGUUCUUCAGAAAUAAUUAUCGCAUCGUUCGAGUUGAACUUUGAUAAAUUAGACUCGAAAAAUUAUUAUUUUUAUAACAGUCUCGUUGAUUCGCAAAAGUGCAGCUUUCCGAAAGUUGUUUUUGGCGCGGAGCAAAUCGGAUUAAAAUUUGCCUCGCUAAAACUGC